CUGAAGAGUCUGCACAAGAAGCGCUUCAUGCUCACCGCCAACGAUCUGACGCCGCGCAUCAAGAGCGUCAUGGACGCCUCACGCGAGGUGGCACGCUCUCGACGUCUGUGCAAGUUACUGGAACUGGUGCUGGCCUUGGGCAACUACAUGAACCUUGGGGCACGCGGCAAUGCCUCUGGCUUCCGUUUGGCAUCGCUCAAUCGUCUGGCGGACACCAAAUCGAGCGCGGACAAGGGCACAACGCUGCUCCACUAUCUGGUGCAGGUGAUCGAAAAGAAGUUCAAGGAUCUGCUGAAGCUGGAGGACAUACAGAUGCUGCGCACUGGGCUGGCGGAUGUGGCCCGUGAGAUUGAGUUCCAUCGCAGUUCGGGGCCCGCACAGCAGGGCGAUCGCUUCCUGCCCGUCAUGCGGGAGUUCCAUACGCAGGCAUCGGUGCGUUUUGCCGAGCUGGAGGACAAGUUCCAGGACAUGAAGACGCGCUUCGAUCGGGUCGUUCGACUGUUCGGUGAAGAUGGAUCCGUGCUGCAGGCAGACGAAUUCUUUGGCAUCUUUGAUUCGUUAAUGGGCGCCUUUGCGGAGGCGCGUCACGACAACGAGAGCUUCCGUCGACGGCAGGAGGAGGAGGAGAAGCGGGCCAAGCAGGAGGUCGAGCUCAAAAAGCGGACCAUCGAUCGCAAGAACAAGACCGGUCUCAUGAGCAGCGUUGCCCGCAAUCUUGGCCUGAAGUCCUCGUCGCCCACGAAUGGCG